AUGUACACCUUAUUAAGCGGCUUCUACAACUACCUCACUCGAAAAGAAGAAUACUAUGUGCUUAUUAUCGGUCUUGACAAUGCAGGAAAAACCACUUUAUUAGAACGCAUAAAGUCCAUCUUCAUGGGCGUAGCUGGUCUGGACCCCGAUAAAAUUGCACCCACAGUUGGAUUGAAUAUUGGCAAAGUGGAUAUCAAAUCAUCGAGAAUCAACUUUUGGGAUUUAGGAGGACAGAGAGAUUUGCAAUCGAUAUGGGAGAGAUACUAUUCAGAGUGUCAUGCGAUAGUUUUUGUGGUGGAUUCAACAGAUCCAGUUCGAUUAGACGAGUGUCGAGAUACGUUUGAAAAAAUGAUUACCAAUGAUGCAGUUGAAGGAGUGCCUGUGCUGAUGCUUGCUAAUAAGCAAGAUGUAAGUGGGGCAUUACGGGUAGAGCAAGUCAAAGAGGUGUUCAACAAGAUUGCAGUGAAGCUUGGCGCUCGUGAUUCCAGAGUAUUGCCUGUCAGUGCUUUAGAAGGGAAUGGAGUAGAAGAUGCAAUAGACUGGUUGGUAUUGCGGUUACAGCGAAACAAGAUAAACCGACCACCUGUAUUUCGUUGA